GGAAGGCGUCGCGCUCUGCGACUGCUGGCCCAUUUUCACGGGCAGUUCGUCGUGCGCCGUUUGCUGGUGCGCGCUGAUGCUGCAGCGAGCUCGAGGAUCGACGGGGAAACAGCGCGAGGACACGUAGAAGGAUGUUCCGUGCUGUGCCUCGGGACGUCAGCAGCCCAUCAUUACUGUGCCGGAUUAGCGGUUCCUCAUCUCGCCUUCCCCCCGUAAUGUUCUGACACAUCGGAGAUUCAUGUUUAGUAAGCAACAGGCUUGCGUUAUUUUCACGCGCAUCUGCCGCUAUGAGGAUUCAGGGAGAAGGUCCAGCACGCGAGGUCUUCCUGGGAAGAUGGACACGUAGCCAGUGCGCACAAUGUAUCCGGACACUUCUUUAAUAGCAGUAGAUUUAACACUUAAGGUCUUUGUUUGCUGGUAUAUCAUUUGUUUAGGCUUUGUUAUUUUAAAUAGCUCCGAAGAAUCUAGCUGCUAUUAAACAUGGCAACUCAGGUCACGGGGAGGAAAAGAAUUCCGAACAGGGAGAAACUAACGGCGGAGGAGGAUGCUCUGAGCCAGAUAGCGCGAGAGGCGGAGGCGCGUUUGGCAGCCAAGCGAGCGGCACGGGCGGAAGCUCGGGAGAUCCGCAUGAAGGAGCUGGAGAAGCAGCAGAAGGAGAUAUAUCACACUCAGAAGAAAUAUUAUGGGCUGGACACCAAAUGGGGCCGUAUCGAGCAGUGGAUGGAGGACAGCGAGCGCUACUCCCACCACUCACGGAGACACACCUCGAUAUCAGAUGAAGAAGAGCGUCUGUCUGUGGGAAGCCGCGGCAGUUUAAGGGGAAACUACUCUGACCUCUGUAGCAGCUCCAGCUGUCUGCCCUCAUCCAGACUCCAAAACGGCCGGCCGUCAGACUACAGCGGGUUUCUGGGCUCCAGUUCCAGGACUUCAUCCCGGGCCAGUUCGGCUCGUGCCAGUCCCGUGGUGGAGGAAAGGGCAGAUUUCCUGGAAAAGGCGUCCAGGACGGCGUCCACCCUGUCUGCUGCCACCCUCGCUUCCCUGGGUGGAGGCUUGUCCCGGAGGGGCAGCUGUGAUACCUCCAUCUCAGCAGACACCGAAGCCUCCAUACGGGAGAUGAAGGAUUCACUGACAGAGGCCGAGGAGAAGUAUCGGAGAGCUAUGGUGUCCAACGCCCAGCUGGACAAUGAGAAGUCCACGCUGAUGUAUCAGGUGGACACGCUGCGGGAGACACUACUGGAGCUGGAGGAGCAGCUGUACGAGACACAGAGGGAGUGUGAGGAGAAGACCAAGGAGUAUGAAAGAGAGCAUCACGCUCAUACAGUCCUGCAGUUCCAGUUCAGCGAGAUGAAGAACACGUUACAGCAGACUGAGGAGUUACUGAAGGACGCCCAGCUGAGGCGUGUGAAAGGCGAAAGCUGUGUUAGGGAGAUUUCAGACCUGCAGGAGACUUUGGAAUGGAAGGAGAAAAAGAUCAGGGCCUUAGAGAGGCAGAAGGAAUAUUCGGAUAUUAUCCGAGACGAGCGGAAUGCUUUGAGGGAUGAGGUUUUCCGGCUAAGGGAUGCUCUGAAGAAACAUGGAAUAGUUCUUGGACCUGAAGUGUCAACCAAUGGGGAGUCAGGAGGCGGUUUAGUUGAGCCACCAGAGGAUGUAGAUUCAGCCUCUAGCUUGCCUCACAACCUGCAAACAUCUAUCAUCACUGGUGACAGCAUGUUGGAGAUGCGGUUGAGGAAGGUGGUAGAGGAGAAGGAGAGCUUGCUUGAACAGGUUAGGAAGCUCCAAACAGCUGUGGAACAGAAGCAGAGGACCAGAUCAGAAGAGGCAGUCAGCCCAGGUGAAGAAGACCUGCAGAAUGGUCUGGAACCUCAGAUCCUGGACCUGCAGAGAGAUGCUAACAGGCAAAUCAGUGACUUAAAAUUUAAGCUGGUGAAGUCAGAGCAGGAAGUCACGGCUCUUGAGCAGACUAUCGCGAGGCUGGAGGGUCAGGUGGCCCGCUACAAAACUGCCUCUGAAGCAUCAGAGAAAGUGGAGGAUGAACUGAAAGUGGAGAAGCGUCGACUCCAGAGAGAGCUGAGGUCGGCAUUAGACCGCAUCGAUGAACUAGAGACCAGCAACAACCACCUCACCAAGAGACUGGAGAAGAUGAAGGCCAAUCGGAGUGCGCUGCUGUCCCAGCAGUGAUGGCCACACCCACCUUCAUGUCCACCUCACGAUCAACCCUGCAGCACACAUCUAACAACUCUUUACCAAAUCCAUUGUUAAUAAAUCAAACAGACCCUGUCAUUAACCAAUGGGAACUUACCAACGCCAUUAUAGAACACGUCUGAAGGAAUUACUCACCUCAUUCUAGAACAUGUCUGAAGGAAAUGACAUCAUUCUAGAACAUGUCUGAUGGAAAUUACAUAAUAGAAUACAUCUGAAGGAAGGAUUAUAGCAGUGGGUGUGACUGCAGCAUUCCUGUUUACAUUGCAGUGUCCUGGUGAUGGAAGUUCGGUGUGGAGUGUAAAUUUGCUGAAUAAUGAUGAUUUGUGUUCAUCAUGAACAGAAGACAUGAAGCUGCAGUUCCCAUGGAGUGUUUCUGUGAGCACUGGAUGGUUCUGCAGUUUGCUGGACUCUGACUGUGAACUACACCGUUUCCUACUCUGUGUUCAUCAGGAACAGAUUCUGUGUAUCUACAGUCAAAUCUGGUGCGCUUAAGCCUAAAGCACAUUUACAGGAGUUGUGGACUUUUGGUUGUGAUGUGUUUUAUUACCGUUAGAUGUUCAAUGGUGUCAAGACUCCUAUUCUGAUCCUGGAGACUGGAUACUAUCUGGGGGAUAUCCACAUCCAGGAGAGUUGAGUCUGUAGUGUAACUGGGAGUUGUUCCAGCGCUUUUUCCAUAGAUGCUAUUUCCACUGAGGACUGUCGGCUUCAUGGAUGUUGUGUUUCCUGUCACAAACAGCUGCUCCUGUCUGGGGGUAAAAGACAGCAGAGCACAUGAUGUUGGACUGGGUCUGAUUUGUGUUGAGUUAUAUCCACUUCAAAGUACUUUUAUCUUAAGCCAAACUGGUGGCUGUGUGUGUGUGUGUGUGUGAGAGUGUGUGUGCGCACGAGCAUAUAUUAGGUGGCCCUAAUACCUGUGUUCUCAUAUAAGAUGCACAAGUGUGCUAUUACAUAAUGCAUUAUUAAUGUGCAAACACUGCACUAAAAAUUAGGCUACAAACUAUGUUCAAAUUACAUUAGGUGCAAUAAUUAUGUCACUGCAUUCAAUCAUUAGCUGCAUCAAAGUAUUUGUAAAAUGCCUUCAUUAUGAAUGACCUCCAUCACAGGAAACAGGCCAAGUAACAGCACCAGUUCUUUUUGACUGAACUCUGUUACACACUUGUAUGACUAUCAUAUAUGCAAAAUACACAGAUGUGAGAAUCCCUAAAAAAAGGGGCUUCUUAAUGGGGGGGGAUUCAUGCAUUUGUGUGUGUUUGCAGGGGAGGUACAUGUCCAGUGAUGGUUUAGUGAUACCCAGUGUAGAGAAUGCUCUGUAGGGGCUGGCAGGGCUGUCUGUCCAAUCACAGCUCAGGAACGUGGACCCUGUUUUGUGGACCAACCAGCAGGGCUCUUAGUAGCUCGUCAUAUCUGGCUUUUUUUGUAGGAAUGAAAAAGAUUAAAAUAUAUUGCAAUAAUACUUUUGUAAAAUGAAUCUGGCAAUUGCAUUGGAUAUAUACGAGACUGUUUUGGCCACAGGAAAGUAAACUAUAGUUUGGCCCUCUGGUCCUGGUGAAGAAGACUAGAAUGUUCUGUUUGGGUCACUUUACAUCACUCACAUCUUCCCUCUUUGGCAAACUACGACCAGGACAUGCAGCAUCAAACCUGUUUACAGAAGUUAGUCUUUCUCUCUCCGAGAACUGAAAACAGAUGUUCAGUCUUCACUUGAUUUACAUAUUGGCUGGUCGGGGUGACACAACAUAAUUAAACAUGUUCAUGCAAUAA